AUGCCAACAUUGGAAACCUACAAUGGCUACCACCUGUGGAACUAUAUCCCAUCACGGCCGGCUGCUAUUACAUUCAUCGUCGUCUUUACCAUCCUGACGGUAGGCCACAUAUGGAGAAUGCUCCGUCAUAAGAUGUGGUUCUGCAUCCCGUUCGUGGUUGGCGGUGCCUUCGAGGUCAUCGGAUAUGUCCUCAGAGCUCUAGCCUACGAUAAGACGGGCGAACUCAUCCCCUACGUCCUCCAGUCGAGCUUCCUCCUCCUCGGACCGGUCCUCUUCGCCGCUUCUCUAUACAUGACACUUGGCAGGGUCAUCCGUGCUGUGGACGGCGAGGCACUCUCGUUGGUUCCUCUGCGCUGGCUGACACGCAUCUUUGUCGCCGGGGACGUCAUCAGCUUCAUCGUCCAAGCGAGUGGUGCGGCAAUCAAGUCACAGGUCAAAGACAACAACCCGGCCGUGGGAACAAACAUUGUCGUGGGCGGUCUGGUCUUCCAGGUCAUAAUCUUUGGCAUAUUUAUGGUGGUUGCCGCUGUGUUCAACAGGCGCUUCCGCAAAUCGAACGGCUCGAGCCGUACUCAGGAUGUCCCAUGGCAGGCGGCCCUAAACAUGCUGUACGCCACGUCGGCCAUGAUUAUGGCAAGGAACAUCUUCCGCGUGGUGGAAUACGCCAUGGGUAACGACGGGUACCUGUUGAGCGUGGAAUGGUCCGUGAACGUGUUUGACGCCGGGCUCAUGUCGUUGACUAUGGCGUGCUUCUUUUGGUGGUACCCCAGCCAGCUCAUCCCCGCGAUGGGGGUGAAGAGCGAGGAAACUACAUCGGCCGACAUAGAGUUGCUGAGGAAAUGA